CAAGCGGCGGCAGCGGGGCCCUGUAUUCUCGCUGCCGCUGGGCGGCUAGUUCAAGUUGCCAUAGCUGCGAGUCUGAGGAGAGCUGAGUCGGUUGCGCCGCAGCAUUUGGUCAGUUGCAGCUUCUGGGUCACUGGUAGCCGCGGGAGCCGGGUGGGGCCUCGGCGAUGAUCCGGCGUUAAGGACCCGGGGUCGUCCUCUGUCUCAGGUGAUUUGGGCAAGGUGUGUAGGGGCUACCAAAGGUUAUCUGCUUGACAGGCCUUUUGCCCUGAACCUCAUGAAGAGAUGAUAAGAGGCAGACACACGUGCCCAAGGAGAGCACGGAGCCCAGAGGAGCGCCACACAGAGAUUUGGGGGUGUGCUUUGAUUUGUGUACAUCAAUGGCAGAAUCGUCCAGUGAGUCAGACCAUUUGCGCUAUCAUGACCGAGUGAGUCGAUGGACUGCCAGGUCAACUCAGAGGGGAACUCGAAGUCAUCCUCCAGUAGAAGUCACCGAGAAGGUCAACACUAUAACAAGUACUUUACAGGACACUAGUCGGAACCUGCGACAGGUGGACCAGAUGCUUGGACGAUACCGAGAAUACAGUAAUGGACAGGCGGAUGCUAUAGAACACUUAAAAGAAAGCUUGGAACAAUCAAUAGACCAACUGCGGAGUCAACGUCUAUUGAGGAACUCAGGAGGGAGAAGUCUUUCUGUUACAAGUCUAAGUGCAAGUGACCUCGAUGGUGGCACUGGGGCAGAGAGCCAUCGUUUUCCACCUACCUCACCUCUCAAGGACUAUGGGGAUCCACAGGGUAUUAAACGAAUUAAAUCCAGAACUGGUGUCCGGUUUGUUCAGGAGAGAGAUGAUAUGGCCGAGCUUCAUGCUUUUCAUCAGUCUCUCCGAGAUCUCAGCAGUGAACAAGUUCGCCUUGGAGAUGAUUUCAACAGGGAACUUUCCAGAAGAAGCAGGUCAGAUGCAGAAACAAAAAGGGUUUUGGAAGAAUUGACUGAAAAACUUAAUGAAGCCCAGAAACAAGAAGUGGUUUCAGAUCGGGUGGAGCGGCGUCUUCAGGAGAUAGAAAGAGAGAUGCGCACAGAGAGAGAGCUGGUAGAAAAGCGUCAGGAUCAGCUUGGUCUUAUGUCCUUGCAGCUACAGGAGGUGCUAAAGAAACAAGAAGCUAAAACAGAUGACAACGAGGAAGUAAUAAAAAAUAAGCUAAGACAAACGGAAACUGAGAAGAAUCAACUUGAACAGGAAUUGGAACUUUCUCGAAGGUUGCUGAAUCAAUCAGAAGGCAGCAGAGAAACACUUUUGCAUCAGGUAGAAGAACUGCGUACACAACUCACGAAAGCAGAAGGUGAUCGAAAGGGUUUACAGCAUCAAGUAUCUCAGAUUUCCAGGCAACAGUCGAACCAUCAGGAUGAACAAGGAGAUGACUGGAGGUUUAGGAGAGGAGUUGAGCGGGAAAAACAGGAUCUGGAGAAACAGAUGUCAGAUUUGAGAGUGCAGCUGAGCUUCAGUUCAGUGGCAUCUGAGUUGGAGGAAGUGAAGCGGUCCGUGGAGCGAAAAGACAAGGAGAAAGCACAUUUGGCAGCACAAGUAGAGGAUUUAGCCCAUGAAUUGGAGAACAGGGAAAAACAGCAACUGCAGAUGUUAAAUAGACUGAAGGAGAUCCAGAGUCACUUUGACACAUGUGAGACCGAGCGCAAGCAUGCUGAACUUCAGAUCUCAGAGCUGACUCACCAUGCGGAGGACGCAACCAAGCAGGCUGAGCAGUACCUUAGUGAGCUCCAGCAGUCGGAGGCCCUGAGAGAGGAAGCCGAGAAGAGGAGGGAAGACCUGAAACUGAAGGCUCAAGAAUCUAUCAGGCAGUGGAAGCUUAGGCAUAAGAAAUUAGAGCGAGCGAUGGAGAAACAAGCUGAAACUCUUGAUGAAAUGACGGACAAGAAUAGUCAGAUUUUAAAAGAAAAGGAUGAAAUGAAAAGCCAACUGUAUGCAGCAUUACAACAGAUAGAGAAUCUUCGAAAGGAAUUGAAUGAUGUGCUCACAAAGCGAGCCCGUCAAGAAGAGGAGCUUCACUCUAAAGAGGAGAAACUAAGUGAUAUUAAGUCUCAUCAAACUGAUCUUGAACUAGAAGUCAAGAAUUCCCUCAAUACCAUCCAGAGACUGGAAAGUGAAUUGACAAAGCAUAGUAAUAUUCAGAGCCAGAUGAGACUUGAGAAAACUCACCUGGAGGAAGAAAUUGCGGAGCUCAAGAAGAGCCAGGCCCAGGACAAAGCUAAGCUUCUUGAGCUGCAAGAGUCCAUCAAGGACUUGAGUGCUAUCCGAGCAGAUCUUGCUAAUAAAUUGGCCGAGGAAGAGAAAGCCAAGAAAGCGGUGCUUAAGGACCUUGCUGACCUCACAGCCCAGGUGAAAUCUAGGGAUGAAGAGACAGCUACAGUCAUCACACAGUUAAAGCUGGAACGUGAUGUUCACCAGAGGGAACUGAAAGAUCUCACAUUGUCAUUGCAGAGUGUGAAAACAAAGCAUGAACAAAACAUCCAGGAGCUGUUGAAGCAUUUUAAGAAAGAAAAGAGUGAGGCUGAGAAUCACAUUAGGACACUGAAGGUACCUGCGCUGAAUUUUCCCUGUGAUACUGAAGGAAUUUUUCUGGUGGCUCAUGAAGUUAAUAAAGCGUAA